AGCCGCGCCUUGAGCACGUGUCCCACGAGUCCAAGCAAUGAUGAGCGUGUUUUAAUUUGAUUGUUUGUGUGUAUUUUCAUUCAAUUGUUAUGAGCUAGCCCACAAUGGAUUCGACCAUGGAACCAUUGGUGUUUGGUUUGGCAAUUUUUUUCUUUUGCAUCGCCAGUACUGUACAGAAAGAGGCGAUGGAUUCACCCAUGCCGGUAUUGCACCAAUCCAGCUUCCAAGCUUGCAGUUGCCAUCUCCCCCGUUGGCCAAUAUUACAAGGCAUUCCCAAGCAACUGCUUUUCAUCCACUGUGAUAGCUUCUCCGCUCCUUGCAUGCGUCUGUCGCAGCUACUCCUACAAUAUACACAAGGAGGUGGAGUCCUCCAUAAGCUCAGCCAUCGGAGAAAAAAAGGUCCGUGGGGCUUUUUUGUUUUGAAAAAAUGUAAAGGGAACGGGGUGUCGAGAGGUCUGUGAGUGUCAUCCGAUGACAAGGAUGUCGGGUAUUCCGGCGUGUGGAUAGAAAAGUGUGUGGUAUCAGGUGAAGAUGGUCAAUGGACCGAGUUGUGCA